GUGAUUGAUUUAAUCCCAUUAUAGAUAUGUAAACACUAAAAAUAUUGUGAACACUAAAAGUCGGUGCACCGCUUAAAAUAACGUUAUCAAGAAUUUCAAAAAGUCUAAAUUAUUUAAUAUUUCAGACAGUGGAUUAAAUUUACAAAAAUGUUUUUGAAAAUCAUAAUCUUCUUGUUUUUAUUUGCAAUACAAAUUCACGUCCUAUUUUCCUGCGAAUUUAUUCCAUUGGAAAGUUUGUCCGGCGAUGGGAAAAAGCUUGACGUUGAAAACGAUGUAGCAGAUUCAUCUUACUUGUUUGACUUUCCGGAAGUAGUUGGCAGACAAAGGAGAAGACAACCCCCUUCUGUUUUCAAAUUAGAGGAGCACAUGAAUCACCAUGAACUUCCCAAAAUCGAUGAUGAUGGACCUAAAAAUGAAAACCAUAUUGACAUGGAUGACACUGAUGUAAAAGAAUUAGCACGAGGAGGUGUCCGAGCAUCAAUUCAGCAACCGUUGAACAAAAUAAACAAUCUUGAAUCGGAAGACCCUGGAUGUCCUCUGUCACCCAUUAUCCUUUGGGGCACUGCAAUCUCCCUAAUAUUUUCGAUUGGUAUCCAACUUCAAACAUAUUCGAUGCUUAGAUUCACGGUGAAAAUGUGCUUGAGGCGAUUUGCACCUCGAAACUUUACUUUAACCGAUUGCGAUUGGAGUCUGGAGAGAGAAUUAGAGGACCCUGAAAAACUUUUAGAUGUUUCGAGAAAAAUCAUAUUAAGCGACCAAAUUGAUUUAGAAUCAACUCAACUCGGAGCGGGAUUUUUCGGGUCGGUUUUUCCGGCCAAGGUCACCGUCGGAUCUGCGUAUGUAACUGCUGCUGUAAAACGGAUCAAAUGUUCAUAUCCGUCCGCCGCCCAGUUAAACUCGUUGCUUAAUGAAGCCGAGAAAUUGGACUUGGUCGGAAAGCAUCACCACGUCCUGGAAUUUUUGGGAGUUUGUAUUCAAAAUGUUUUGCAAGGUGAAAUUUUGCUAGCAUUUGAGCUAUGCGAGGGAAAAAGCUUUGUUGGAACAUUGUAGAGAUAAUGUGACACAUGACGCUGAAAAUCCUGAGAACGAGUACAGUUUAAAACUUCAACUGCGGAAAUGGUGUCACCAAAUCGCCCUCGGAAUGAAAUACCUCCACCACAAAAACGUUAUUCAUCUCGACCUUGCAUUAAGAAAUGUCAUGUUGCGAAUAAAUAUGACCGCUGCUAUUGGCGAUUUCGGAAUUUCUUCAAUGGUGACCCCCACAGCGAGAAGAAAUUAUGUCGAGCAACGGGCGUGUUGCUGGUCGUCCCCAGAGGUUCUGGAGAGGGAAGAAAACAUAUCUCUCAAAGCGGAUAUCUGGUCGUACGGGGUGUGCGUAUGGGAGUUGUUCUCUCUCGGGGGUGAACCUUAUCAAGAUCAAAAUCUACCCUCGGCUGGAGAACUUCUCACUUUUUUGCAAAAUGGAAAUAUUUUGAAGCAGCCAGAACUAUGCAAUAACAUGGAGCAAGUUUCUUUCUAGAUUUUACAUAAGUUUUGCCCGGAAGUCGGAAAUUAUCCAUAGUCGUUGACUUAAUUAUAUACGUUUGCAUUACUUGAAAAUAUGAAUCUUAAUUCUAAAUUGUUGUUUUUUCUCUUAUGUUCAGCUACGUUCUUAUGAAAUCCACUUGGAACUUAAAUCCUGAAGAGAGACCCAGUUUUAACUACAUUUCCGACUGGUGGGCCGUGUACUCGCUGAGAUAUUUCGAACCUGGGACGUCUGACCUGGAAGACAAUAACAAUUACUAUGCCGAAGCUGCCGCGAUACUCCAGUGAUAGUUUGUACAUAAUUUAGUUUAAAUCUGGCAUCGAAUUAAAAA